AGUGGAAGUGGAUAGCUUGAAUGAAUUCGCAACACAAAAUGGAAGUAGUGCUAGUGCAUGUGUAUUUAAUAUUAUAAGUUACUUGGAAGUUUCUCAGUGAUAUCCGUUUUGUAGUUUAGUUUCUGUUGCAUAUCCAUAAUACAAAAGUAACUGCGUAUGUCUCGGACGGUUAUGCCAAAGACCAACUCGUGCCUGCUGUCAAAUGUGCGUAGGCUGGGUUUUUGGUUUAGGUGACAAGAAUGUUCCACUUAUGUUUGUGAAGUGCGUUUGAUAUUGUUUUCCGGGUAAAAAUGUUAUAUUCCCUCUAACUGAGUAUAUUACUGAAAAUUUCAGUUCAUAAAAUGGAUAAGCUGGAUACUCGACGCACAAGCAAUCAUGACAGUGAUAGUCCUUUGGAUAGCAGACAGGCAAGACAAAGAGCGUCAGUCAAGUGGUUGCUGUCCAAAGCAUACAACAACAGGGUGCCUGAGAGUGUGAGGGAACCGUUCUACAAGGACCAUGAGGAUCAGGAACACCUAAAGCCACAGCUGGUGCAUGCUCUAGCCAAUGCAGAGUUGUACUGUCAGGCGCUGGCCAACAUCUACUCGGACCCCAACUACCACAACCUCAACAACUGGGGUGUGCUGCAGGUGUUGGCUAGGAAGGGGAUCUACAUCAAUGAUGCUCAACUCACAGAGACAGUGCUCAUACAGACCAACCCCAUCAAACUGGCAGCACAUGUCAGUGUAAUGGAGGCGCUGAUGUCACUGUACUCCAAGGAGGUUGCAACGCCUGACAGAGUGUUGGCAGCAGUCAAUAGGUUCAACCUUUCUUCUCCACCCCCACCACUGCCCCCGGACCACGAGGCAGCACUGCUGCUUUGGGUCAACGAGGCAACGGCUGCGCUCAACGAACGCAUCCGGCAAGAGGCUAAGGACGACGUGCUACAGCUAAGGAGGGUGUCAGACUGGUCCGAGCUGAGUAACGGAGUGUGCCUAGCGUCUCUCAUUGCCUUCUACUGCCCCGAGGACCUUCCUUGGCGACAGAUAACCAUCAACAAGGUGCCGACAGUAUCAGACAGGGUGCGUAAUCUGAUGCUGGUCAAUCAGUUCUGUCAUCACAGCCUCCCGUACAACGUCUUCCACAUGACGCCUGAGGACAUCUCCUUCAUGAGAGGGAGCAUGCGUCCUAACCUCAUAGUGUUCCUAGCCGACCUCUUCAAUGUUCUAGAGAUCCAUCCGGCCAAGUGUGUUCGUUUUGACAAAGGCGCAGCACAAUUAACUGAAGCAUACCCUCGGAACAGCCAAGGUGUGGCUCAUCGUCGCUGCCUACCUCAGUCCGUCUCCGCCAUUCCUGACCUCCGCAGCGGCCUGGACAAUGGAUCCAGCUUCUCAGAACUGGAAUCUAUAAAUAGCAUGAAAAAAGGAUCUCCUAUUAUUGCAAGCCCAAGCUUGAAAAAAUCACAUUCCAAUCAUCAAACGGAAACACAUUUAGAAACAAGUAAGUCUGAAGAGACGUUUGUAGUACACCGCGGUCGAGGAGUUCCUACGCUUAGCUCUGUGAUACACGAGGCAGCAGGCAAGCCGAGUCAUUGGGAGGAGUCAAGACGGACGAGUUACGCAGGACGACGAUCACGACGCAACUCUCUCUCUGAUGACUCUCAGUUGACGAUUGAAAACUUCGGAGGGUCGCAGGAGAACAUUCACAUGAUAGGACGUAACCCAGACAAGGAGCCGGCAGUGCAUGUGCCUGUCAGUAGGAAGGACAGUGGUACUUUAAGGUCCACACUGCAAGACAACCUGUCCACCGCACUGAGUAACGCUAUCAAACAGGAGGUGGAGCUGGAACAACCAAAUCCUCCCCCGCGGCGUGACUACUCUGCCCCCGUCCCUGUCCCUGCUGCCGAGCCUGAGUACAACAACCGGGUUUUGAGGGGAAGCAAUUCCGAUGGCAACAACAGCAGUGCUGGACUACAGAGUGUGUUGCUGGACCCACCUAGUACAACCAACCAUCACAACGGAGGUGGCAACAGUGGUAGUAACAGUGGUAGUAACAGUGGUGGGGGCAACCCUGGUAAGAAAACAACCUUUGCUGCGUUACCACAAACCACCACCACCUGGCAACAGCAGCACCAGUCCAAUGUGCAGCAAGCCGACAAUAACUCGGAUACAGAGAGUACUGGCGAUCAGGGUGUUAUGAACUCACAAUUGCUCAACGUAAGAUUAAAAUUAGAAGAGAAAAGAAGAAGAAUUGAAAGUGAUAAGAGAAAAAUGGAGACGAUGAUGGACAGGCAAAGACAAAAACUUGGAAAAGCUGCAUUUUUCCAGGCUGUUACCAAAGGACAGGGCUCGGGCAAGAGUGUCAAGUCGCCAGAGUCCGACCCGGGCCGAGAGACCAAUGGAGAGAUGGGUGAACUGGGCGACAAACCGCAACGCCCCUUCUCCCUCCAGGAUAUUUCAGAAGUUGAACAAAAGUGGCUGGGAGAAAGUUUUACGGAAGAGAGGAAGACACCUGACAUUGACAGUAUGGAUAUGGAGGCGUAUCAGAAAUCAAUAGCUCAAAUGAACUCUAGUCUGCAUGAAAUCCAAUCCGACAUCCAAAGGAUCAACCAGCUGGACGGCAGUGAGCCGAUGCAAAGCUUUGCCACUCUUCAGAACAAUUUUGUGAACAGUCGCGGUGGCGGUGGCGCCGGCAGCAGUGGUGUGUAUGGCGGUGGUGGUGGACAGCAGCAGAUUCACAGCCUUCUGUAUAACAACCCUCCCUGGCACAGCCUGGUGAGCCAGCCCUCGCCACCGCCUCCUCAACAACAACAACAUCCGGCGAUGUAUGGCCACCAUAACAACUUUGUCAACCAGCAACAGCAGAUGCACAGUCUGAUGAACCAGCAGUCCGCCGUGAACCAUUACAACACCAUUCCUCAGCCUGCGAUGAGGCAAUACCAGCCACAGUACCCUGACAAUGGUAUGUACUGUGGACCUCCUCCUCCAGUGCCUCAGCAUCAGCAUCAGAUACAUCAGCAUCCUGGUCAUCAGCAGCAGCACCAUCAGCAACAACAUCAACAGCAUCCGCAGCAUCAGCAACAACAUCAGCAACAGCAUCCGCAGCAUCAGCAACAACAGCAGCAACAGCAAGUAAACCAACUUUUGCGAGGGGUGCAGCCUGAGAUGACAGGAGGAGGAGGGGAGUUCUACCUACAUGGACCUGAGAAACGGACAUGGAGCAACACUGUCAGUCAACCCAGGAACCACUGGAACAACAGUCACAACCAGCCAGUAUCUCUGAGCAGUUCACCACAGACAGGGGGUUUCCAUCUACACCACAAUGGCAGUAUGGAAGGUAGGGGAGGCUCUGCCAGCCCCCCACCACCUACCCCUCCUCCCCGCCGUGUCACUCACGCACCUCUACCAGCCCCGCCAGUGGAUGAUAUGGAGCCUCAGAGCAUAUCCUUCAUUGGUUCCAGUGAGGAAGAUCAGCUGUCAGCUGGUCUGAACCGUAUGAACAUCACUUCAGGCACACGCACGUAUCGUAUACCCUCGCCUACGCGGUCGCACGCGCCUUUGUCAAGAAACUCCUUCUCUUCUCCGACACCACCUGCUGUACGAGCCACACCCGAGAAAGGCUUCUACAUCUCAUUUGACGAUGACACGGCGCCUAAAAAGCCCAAACCUCCGCUCAGGGUGAAAAGGAAUUCACCGAAAAAGGAACGAGGUGUCACCCAGGUUGUUGAGCCGACCAUCACUCAAGUGCUGAAGCAGGAGUUGAAGAGUGAAAUGAAGCAGACACCUCCGUCACCCCCGCCUGCACACUCCCCCCCACCACGGGUACCUCACCCCCACCAUGACGACCAAUCACAGUCAGGUGUCGGUCUUGUCAUUGGUACAGAGCUGGCCAACCCUGACCCUACUGCUCUGGAUGAAAUGGAAAGGAAAAAAGAGAGGAUCCUGAUGAUGUCAUUGGCCAGAAGACAAGCCCAGGAAGAGAUGAAGGCGAGGAAAGAACAAGAAGCGGCAAGACGGAAAGAAGCUGAAAAGCUGAAAGAAGAAGAAAAGACACGGAAAAAGGAGGAAGAGAAAGCAAGAAGAGCUGCUAUUCUGGAUCAGUACAAACUGAAGAAGGCCAUCGAAGAGGCUGAAAGAGAGGGUAAGCUGAUAGACAAAGACUUGCUGAACUCGCUGAAGGGAGGGUCAAGCGGCAAUCCAACACCACAGCCACCGAGAAUGCGGGGCAAGACCAACCCCCGACCAAGGCCCAAGACUAUCCAUAUAGACAGCGGGGCUGACUCCCACGACGGGGCUCUUACACCCAGUCGGGGCAAGAAGGGCUCCUCUUCCAACCUGUCUGUGUUUAGUCCUCCUAGCACGAUGCGAAGGGACUACUACCGAGGAUCACAGGACUGUUUGGCUGAAACUCGCAGGACGUCGGCUUCCAUAUCAGACAUGGGAGACGAGAGUAGAGGAGCUUCGCCGGGCCGGUCCCUCGGCCGUCGUGGAUCCUACAAGACAUCACGAGAUUCCUCGCUAGACCCUGGUAGGUCCAGGAACAAAUUCAGCACCUAUCAGAGCAGACGCAAGUCCAACUCCCUGAUGAACCUGAGUGGGUCGAGCUGUGACCAAGACAGUUUGUUGUAUCGGUACGGAGACACAGACUCUGGUCUAGGCAGAGCCACUCCCCCCCGCCGAGCCCCCUCCCCCGGACAACACCCCCCGUCACCCUCCGGCCCAGGGUCUCUCCCUGCCCACCGCCGUCGCUACGACGACGCUGCGUCUGAGAGUGGGGGAAGCGAGUACAGUGGGCCUCGACUGUACAAACAACCUGCCACUAAGUCUAAUAAGGGUAUCAUCCUAAACGCUGUGGAGUACUGCGUGUUCCCUGGCGUUGUCAACAGAGAGGCCAAGAGGCUAGUCAUAGAGGAGAUACAGAGGUCGGAGGCCAAACAUUUCCUCAUCCUGUUCCGAGACGCAGGCUGUCAGUUCCGAGCUCUCUACUCAUAUUGUCCCGAGACCGAAGAAGUCGCUAAACUAUAUGGGACCGGCCCUAAACUAGUCACUGAUAGAAUGUUUGAUAAGUUCUUUAAGUAUAACUCUGGAGGAAAAUGUUUCUCCCAGGUGCACACCAAACACCUGACCGUCACCAUUGACGCCUUCACUAUUCACAACAGCCUCUGGCAAGGCAAGAAAGUCAACCUUCCCAGCAAGCGAGACAUGACACUGGUCAUUUAGUGCAAUUAACGGAAUCAAGCUCUUUAGACUCGUUCCAAUUGGUUAUGAUUAAUCAUAGAUUAAUGUAAUGUCUAGUAAAGAUUUAACCCCGCCUAAUACGAUUAAUCCUUACUCGCACUGGAAGAACAACAUUAAAACAUCACGGGAAACAGAGGUGCAGGUUUGGAAUUUUUACAACUUACAUCGAAUGUCGCGUGUUGAAAAUAAGCGUUGUUUAAAUUGGGUUAUUGAUGUACUUAUGUGAUCGCAAGAAUUUUAAGAUGUUUUGACGUUGAUUUUGUUUUUUAUAUUUAUUUUGUAUUUUUGGAUAUUUUUGGAAGUUUAUGAGUCAUACUUUUGCGAGCUUAGUGGUAUUUUUGUACAAAACUAUUGCAGUAUUCCCUUUGUAAAUUUAUGUUUAUUGUAUAUGAAUCCGUUUUAUUUCUAUAAUCAAAAGAGUUUACGUCGCUGUUGAGGUGUGGUGCAUGUCGAGACGUGUUGUCCGUCGCCCGUGCUUGUCACAUGUUUAUACGUAUAUAUAUUUGUAUAAAUGCACCGAGGUGCUUCGUCAAAUGAAAUUUUGUAACUAAAAGCUUUUGUGUUAUUAUUUUGCUCUAGCAUAAUUGUUAACAUUUUGUAAUAAUUUUAAUCGAUUUUGUACAUACCGUCUUUUUGUUUUAUAAUAUAAUUAUUAAUACUAGAGAUAUUUAUUGAUAAAUUAAUUCGAGAAUGCCAUUACAUUGUUUAUGAUAAAACUGAGAGGUAUUCUACCACUUGUGAUCAAUAAAAGAUAAUUGUAUAACUAAUACUUGUCUAUUUCACCUUUACCUGCUCUGCUCUAUCUAUAUUUCCUAGUUUUGAGUGUAUUUUGUUACGACUGAUUUAUGUUUGUACUAAAUGUUUUCUACAGUAACGAGUAAUUAACCUUUUGUUAAGUUUACUGUCAGCUGCCAUCUUAAUAUUUUCUUAUUUUCAUGUAUAAUUGCUGUGCUCUAGUGUACUAGGUAUUUAACUUAUUGUUAUGUAAAUUAAUAAAUUGUUUAAUAUUUUUUAUA